GCCGACACGACUGUAACGUGUUGGGACGAGUCGGGAGUUUACUCCUCGUUCCGUAUCGAGGUUUUUUUUUUUUUUUUUUACCAUAUCCCACUUGAACACGGGUUAAUUUCGACACCAUAGCCCCGCCCGUGUGUGUGUGUGUGUGUGUGUUUUUUUUCGCCCACUCGCUCGCCGUACUUGGCGGCACGUCGCGGCGGGGCGGUCAUUAGCCGAAACAAAGCGGACCCUCGCCGACCGCUUCGAGCUAACUCCCCCAACAACAACCGUCGAGUACAGAAGAAAGACACUGUCGCGGAGCUAAUGUCGCGCUGAACCGCCGCGGAGGUACAUACAUACAAAAAAAAAAAAGCAUCGUCACAAAGAUGGAUUUGCGGUUACUGUUACUAGCCUCUUUAUCGGCCGUCCUGGGUGGCAGCUGGGCGCAGCAAGAGGGAAGCAUUUGCAUCAAAGCCAACGCGCAGUCGUGCGGGGAAUGCAUCCAGGUCGCCGAGACGUGCGGAUGGUGCUCGGACCAAAACUUCCUCACCGUGGGCGAAUCCAAGUCGGCCCGCUGCGACGACCUGGAGUCGCUGAAGAAGAGGAGCUGCGCCGUGGCGCAAAUCGAGAACCCGCGCGGAAGUAUCGUCGUCGACAAGGACACGCCCGUCACCAACCGCAAGAAGGACGGCACCGAGAAACUGAAUCCCGAGCAGAUCACGCAGAUCCAGCCCCAGAAACUAACCCUGACUCUCCGAUCUGGUGAGCCCCAGACGUUCGAGCUGAAGUUCAAGCGCGCGGAGGACUACCCCAUCGACCUCUACUACCUGAUGGACCUCUCCUACUCCAUGAAAGAUGAUUUGGAAAACGUCAAGAACCUCGGCACUGACCUGAUGAGGGAAAUGCAGGAGAUCACCUCAGACUUCCGGAUUGGUUUUGGCUCCUUCGUGGAGAAGACGGUCAUGCCCUACAUCAGCACCACGCCAGCCCGGCUCCUCAACCCCUGCACGGGGAGCCAGAACUGCACCAGCCCCUUCAGCUACAAGAACGUCCUUAAUUUGACUAACAACGGGGACGACUUCAACCAGCUGGUCAGUCAGCAGCAGAUCUCGGGGAACCUGGACUCUCCGGAGGGCGGCUUCGACGCCAUCAUGCAGGUGGCGGUCUGCGAGGGCCACAUCGGCUGGAGGAACGUGACCCGCCUGCUGGUGUUUUCCACCGACGCUGGUUUCCACUUCGCCGGCGACGGCAAACUUGGCGGCAUCGUCCUCCCCAACGACGGGAAGUGUCACCUGGAGAACAACAUGUACACCAUGAGCCACUACUACGACUACCCCUCCAUCGCCCACUUGGUCCAGAAACUCAGUGACCACAACAUCCAGACCAUCUUUGCCGUCACGGAGGAAUUCCAGCCCGUUUACAAGGAGUUGAAAAAUCUGAUUCCCAAGUCGGCCGUCGGCACACUGUCCUCUAACUCCAGCAACGUGAUCAAACUCAUUAUUGACGCUUACAACUCUUUGUCGUCCGAGGUGAUUCUGGAAAACGGCCGGCUGCCGGAUGGCGUGUCCAUCACCUACAAGUCCAUCUGUAAGAAUGGCGUGGAGGGAACGGGAGAGAAUGGCAGGAAGUGCUCCAACAUCUCCAUCGGAGACGAGGUGUCCUUCAAGAUUUCCAUAGAAUCCCAGAAGUGUCCGUUGCACAGCCAGCCCGAGGUCAUCAAAAUCAAACCGCUGGGCUUCACCGAGGAGGUGGAGGUGGUUCUGAACUUCAUCUGCAACUGUCAGUGCGCCGCCAAAGGAGAACCAAAGAGCGAGAAGUGCCACGAGGGCAACGGCACCUUCGAGUGUGGCGCCUGCAAGUGUAACGAGGGACGCAUCGGGCGCCUCUGCGAGUGCAGCAAAGAUGAGGUGCGGACCGAGGACCUGGACGCCAACUGCCGAAAGGACAACGGCACGGACAUCUGCAGCAACAACGGCGACUGCGUGUGCGGGACCUGCGAGUGCAAGAAGCGGGAAAACCCCGCGGAGGUGUACAGCGGGAAAUACUGCGAUUGCGACAACUUCAACUGCGACCGCUCCAACAACAGACUCUGCGGAGGACACGGCCGCUGCGAAUGCAGGAAGUGCAUCUGCGACGCCAACUACACGGGUAGCGCCUGCGACUGCUCACUGGAGACAUCCACUUGCCUCGCGAAGAACGGGCAGAUCUGUAAUGGCCGCGGCACCUGCGAAUGCGGAAUCUGCAAGUGCACCAACCCCAAGUUCCAGGGUCCCACCUGCGAGAUCUGCCCCACCUGCCCGGGCGUCUGCGCUGAGCACAAGGACUGCGUGCAGUGCCGAGCGUUCGAGGCCGGCGAAAAGAAGGACACGUGCGAGCGUGACUGCAGCUACUUCGUGCUAAUCAAGGUGAAGGACCGCGACAGGCUGCCGCAGCCGACGGACCAGAGUUUCCCGCUGACGCACUGCAAGGAGCGGGACGCAAACGACUGCUGGUUCUACUACACCUACGCCAUCAGGAACGACACCAAGGAGGUGUACGUGGUGGAGAACCUGGAGUGCCCGGCAGGACCCGACAUCAUCCCCAUCGUGGCGGGCGUGGUGGCGGGCAUCGUGCUGAUCGGCCUUGCCCUGCUGCUCAUCUGGAAGCUGCUCAUGAUCAUCCACGACCGCCGAGAGUUCGCCAAAUUCGAGAAGGAGAAGAUGAACGCCAAAUGGGACACGGGCGAGAAUCCAAUCUACAAGAGUGCCGUGACAACUGUCGUCAAUCCAAAGUACGAGGGCAAAUGAUGGAGCUUCGCCUUCGCUGUGUCAACACUGUAUGGAAAAGAAGAAAAGAAAGAAAACGGGCUGGGGUGACGGGUUUUUAUAACGCUCUCACUGUUUGUUUCUGUCUGUUUGUUGUAGUCACCAAAUGAUAGCAAAUGCAUUCUGCCACUAUUUCAGUUUUUUUUUUGUUUUUUUUUACUAACUUCCAUUUUCUAUGCAUCAUCUGAAAUGUGUACAGUCUGUGUAAAUGUGGGGUUUUGUAUUUUAUUCUAUGCAUCCUUGAGAGAAAGUGAACCGUUUCUUUUUUUUCUGCCACAGGACUGGCAAAGUAACCAGAAGCCAAACUGUGCCUUUUUUUCUUCUUUAAAAAAAAUAGAACCGUCAAGCCAUCAGUGUUUUGUUGAGGGGUUUUCAAUCGGACGUAGAUAACCGCAAACAACUGAAGUGUUCCUUUCCAAAUUACCAUGUAUGCAACGUCGAGUUGGCGCCGGUCAGUCGGUGACUCGGACCACCCGGGCGAGCAAAGACCUCGAGAUCGAUUGUGCCGUCUGAGCAAAGUCUUUUUCGUUUUGUGUCUCUUGAGUAGAUCUCACUCCUUUUGUUCAUUGUCCCUUUGGAUUGAACUCUUCAGAUGUAGCACCAGUGUGGACUGUGUACAGUGUGUGUUUGGGUUCUGUGUAAAGCCAUAUAUGUAUUCACAGAACCGGGUUGAAGGCGUUUUGUUUUUUUAUUUUUGUCGUUGUUCCAGAGUGACUUCAUCCGUCUGGACAACGUGUCGUUAUCUACGAAAGAUCAUUUGUGAUCGGUUUCGCCUUUUUCUAGGUGAAAGGACGUCGGUGUACAGUAGUAUUACUGUUUGGCUCCAGGUUUUACUUUUACUUAAAGGGGCAGAUAGCGAUUUUCAAUCCAAUUACACUUUCUUUGGUCAAAUUCAGCGCCUAUUUUUCCUCCAAUCAGGUUACUCGACUCUGCCCUGGCUCUGUAAAUUGAAAACAAUCACACACACAAACUGGCGCGGACCGCAGCACACAACGCGUGUGUGCAGUUUGUGAACAUCCCUCCCCGACACUCUAAGAGACGUGCUAGCGACGGACGUGCUAGGACUCAGGGGUUUGGGCCUCGUGGUCAGCGCGUCCGUCUCCCGUACCCGAGGUGGCGGGAUCGAACCCUGACCAGUGAAGUAAACAAAAAAAAGAAAUUCAACAACAAAUGAUCUUUCUCCAAAAAUCGCUCACUGCCCCUAAAAGCCAACUCAGGUCCUGAAUUCUUCACAGCGAUGCCAAAUACGCAAUCAUGCCUUAUGAUGUGCUAACUAAAUUAGCUUCUAUUGAAAUGCCCUGUUUUACUUGUAGAACUUGAACUGGGGAAGGGUCCCAGUUUCUUUUUUUUGUUGUUGUUGUUGUAACAUGUCAGUAAUCCCACUCGAUCAAACUUUUAAAAAAAAAAAAUUUAAUUGAACAUAAAUAGGAUAAAAACGUCACUUAGCGUUAAAGAUCGGUGGUAAGGGAAUGAUUUUAUCUAGAUCGUUCUUUUUGUAAAGAAUUAGAAGAAGAAAAAGGUCACACCUGUCACCAUUGUUUUUAAGUGCCUUUUAAUUUCUGCAACACAGUCACAUUUGCAAUUCUGUAUUUCUGAAAAUUAUUUAUUGAAUAAACAUUCAAAACAAUCCAUCA